AUGCUAAACAUAAAUGCAAAGGCCUUUGUACCGCAGUCUGCUCUGGAGCAUCUGGUUAAUCCUGGUAAUGCAAUCUACAGGUAUCAUUUAACUUUACCUAUACAUAGCGUGUGUGAAACGUCGCAAGGGAACUCAAUAUCCAAUAAUAUACACACACUUUUGGCAAAACGAUGUUUGUGUAGCUCUUUUCAGGGUGGACUGGGUGAGGAACCUCUUCAAUUGUUCCUUUCUUCUUUUUUUGAUGCUGUGGAAAAUGUUCCAUUUUUGACAAAAAGGAACAAUGCUUUAUCAGGUAUUAUUCUCUCACGCACUAUUUUGUCUUUAACCAGUGCCAUUACUUCAAUUAAUGCGAUCAAUGAAGCGUCAGGAUUUUUAAUACAUGUGGAUAUGCCAAGAGAAUACCGUGCAGAAGUUGCUCUUCGACUUCGAGCCGCAUGGGAUGACUUUUUUGAGUUUGUUCGCGGCGAUCUUAGAAUCACAUCUUUCGGUUAUGUGGGCUCUUCAUGUGGAGCUGAAUCGGGCAUUCGAUAUAAAGGGACUUUUCGUCAUUAUUUUUUUCUUUCAUUUUCUCCCUUUAACUAUUUUUCUGAACAAUUAAUCAUGGAUUACUUAAGAAGUUUUCCAGUUCCUUUUCUUCGAAUUGUGCAAUUGAAUGCGAUUGUGCCAUUCAUUUGUAAUUCGAGGAUACCGAUGGGUUUAGUGAUUUCAGUGGGAGAGAUAGCAAAGGAAAAAUUACUGUCAGACGGAAAACCCGAUAAAACGUUUUCUAUUUUUUUUAGCCCUUAUAAUGUAUCAGAAACAUCCAAAUGCCUUGGUGAAUUUGAGGAAAUGUUUGUAUCUUUUUUAAAAGAGUAUAGCUUUUUAUUGGAUCGGACCUAUAUUGUACACAUUGACAUUCAAAUUCACGGUAAAGAUUCUCAAGAAACUCGACCUAUUCCAGUUUGGGAUUUGGUUCAUUUUAUUGGUAACUUGUGUGAGGAUACAGCAACUAGUGUUUUGGGUGUUUGUUUCAGUGAUGAUACAAUUGAGGAAAGUAUACAAUUGAAUUCAUCCAAUAGAGAGGGUAAUGUGUGUUAUUUGAAUGAAACUCUUAAAAAAAUAUUAGAGGAUGGUCAUUCAUUAGAUAUUUGUAAAACUUAUUUUGGUCACAUCCCAGCUUACGUAAAGAGACCCAUGACAUGUAUUCAGUAUGAAUUUGCUCGUAAAAAUUUUGAAAAAUGGUUGGCCAUAGACUAUGAACCUAUCCCUUUUACACGCAUGGUGUUUGCGGAUGCAGCAGAUAGCUUUGCUAAAAUAAAAUAUUACGUGAGAAAUAGAAUUAUCGGUGAAAAAAUUCUUCUCAUUACAGAUAAUCAAGGAGAUAUUUUUGCUGCGGAGCUGAAAACUGGAAGUGUUUUUGCAUUACCUCAUUGUUUUGGCGGGGUUUCUGGCCCAAUAAAGAAUACUGUGUUUGAAGCUGUGUUAACUUCUUCAUUUCGAGGAUACCUCGAAUGUAUUAUUUUGGUUGAAGACAUUCUGAGUUUUGAGGGGAAAGAUGUAAAAGAAAUGAAUUUUACUGAAAGAUGGCAUCAUGUUGAAAAACUGUUGUUGGAUGAUCAAGAUAGCCAACCUCAUACAAAUCCGGAUCGUGUUCUUAUUGUUCGUACAUCCUACGCACCUUUUGAUCAGGUUGAGCAGGUGCUGCAAAAUCCACCCUUGGAACAACCAACUUUGGGUUUGGUUUUGGUUCCUCAACAUAGUACAAUCGGAAACAAAAGAACUUUUUCAUAUAUUUGGGUUCCUUUAGAAUCGAUAACAGCCAGAUUUUUUGUUGGAAAGGUGGAGGAUGUUCCAGAUACAAAUUUUGAAAUAAAGCGUGCGUGGUUGAAUGUGAGGGGUAAAGAUAACAAGAUUGUCCCAUACAAUGAGGAGUACGCAGAUUAUUCAGUUGUUGCGCAUCGUUUUCUUGAAAGUGGUUCUGUGAUUGAUUGUUUGCUUCGGAGAAGUGAUGAUGGAGCACAUUGGUGGGAAAUAAUUAGGGAUUACAACGAGAAUCAAGGGAAGCGACCUCAUUCGUAUGAUUUUGCGGAAAAUUUGGUACAUGUUCCAGGAUUAACAUAUGAGGAAAUGUUGUGGUUACUUAAAGCCCAUUCUUUUAAGUGUGGGCGCUGUCAGACUGUUAGUGAUGUUGGGAAAACAAAUCCCAGAUAUCAAACAUACUGGUGUCAAAAAUGUUGGGAAGAAACGGGCCAUGGCGAAUGUUUGUAUUGCGGACGUCCCUGUAGUAUGGGAAGAAUUGAUUCUUACAGUCAACGCUUUUAUUGCGAUAACUGUUGGGAUAUUUUUUCUUCUACAAACACAAAUGCGGAAAUUGGUUACAUGGUCCCACCUCCACCAAAUGUUUCUUUUCAAACUCAAGUUUUAACACGCUGUGUUUCAAUAUUGAUUGACAGUAUAAAUUCCAAAGCACCUACUAAUGAUGUGCUGGAGCUUUGCUGUGGAGGUGCUGUUACACGCAAAUGGAUUAAAAACAAAACUAAUCGUUAUGUUGGGUUUGAUUUAAAAUCCAGUGUAGUGGAAUCAACUAUGGAAAUUAUUUCUUCUUUUCAAGAUGAAAUUUCAGAUUUGUCAAGUUACGACGUUAUCUGUGCCGAUGCUUUUUCUACAGAAUUAUGGACGUACCACAUUACAAAGAUUCAUCCUAGACAAUUUCAUACAAUUACAGUAUUUGCCGGAUUUCAUCAUGCUUUUGAAACGGAGAUGAAAAUACGUCAUUUACUAUAUAGUAUAGCUAAUACAUUGGUUCCUCGAGGAGUAUUUCUUGGGUGCUUUUUUGAUAUUGGUAUUGUUUACGAAAAAGGUGAAAUUACUAAUGACUUGUUUACGGUUGAAUGGGACGAUGACUUUCUGCCACGAAAUGGGCACUCUUUUUUUAUUUCAAUGCAAAAUGAACCUAAGAAAAAAAUGAAUGUGGUGGCAAUUGAUUUCUUAGUUGCUGUUGCGAAAGAAUAUGGACUUAUUGUGAUCCCUGAGGUAUGUUUAACCUUUUUAGAUAUGCUGGAGAAUGAUCCACAUUUUACAAUGAAAUUUUCAAAGGGUGAAAAAGAGUAUCUGCGGGCCAUGAGAACCUUUGCAUUCCGAAAGGACGGUCAUCCGCAGCCAUGCGCGCUACAUAAAGCUAAUAUUAGCGAUGGUGGAGGGGAAUAG